UCUGCUGCCACGCACGCAGUUAUAAUGGUGUGUGCGCCUUUGUUAUGUCUCCGACUGGAAACACGUUGAUUCAGCUCUGGUCUGACACGCCACCGCUACAUUACAUUACAUUAGCUCUGAGCUCUUUGAGUGCUGUUAGUCGGUGAACAUGUCUGAGGCUCUGCUGCAGUGGUGUGUGGACCAGCUACACCACCUGUUCGGUCUGGAGGCGUGUGAAGACAUCGUGCAAUACGUUCUAACCAUCGAAAAUGCUGAAGAAAUUCAGGAGUAUAUGGGAGACCUCCUGCAGGGCACGGAUGGGAGAAAAGGGCUGUUCAUUGAUGAGUUCCUCCGCAGAUGGAAGAAGACUCAAAGACAGGCCACAGAUUCCUCGAGUCUUUUCCUUCCCAAGGAGUCUUUUUCAUCAUCAGAUUCACCAGACAUGACCAAAGAUAGCCAGAAGAAGUCUAAACGUAAGGGCCGUAACAAACAGGAGACGCUGACUGUGAGCCAAACAGAACCUGAGCCAGAGGCAGUCAAAACCCCCAUUGACCUGAUGAGGGCCCAAGAAAACAGCAGCACUUCUUCAACAAAGAAGAAAAGUAAGUUUGUCAGUCUCUAUGCCAAAGAGGGACAAGACAAGAUGUCCAUCUUACUCCCAGGUCGACGUGGCUGUGAGUGCCUUGCCCAAAGGCACAAACUUAUCAACAACUGCAUCAGCUGCGGUCGCAUUGUGUGUGAGCAAGAGGGCUCAGGACCCUGCCUCUUCUGUGGAACCCUGGUAUGCACAAGAGAGGAGCAAGAGAUCCUGCAACGAGACUCCAACAAAAGCCAGAAACUAAGAAAGAAGCUUAUGGGAGACGGUGGAGAAAGAGAUUAUCUCCCACACCAAGAGGCCAAGAUGAAGGCUGGCUUGGAGAAGGCUGUCCAGCACAAAGAAAAGCUGCUGGAAUAUGACCGGAAUAGUGUCAGGAGAACGCAGGUUCUGGAUGAUGAGUCGGAUUACUUUGCUACUGAAUCCAAUCAGUGGCUGUCACCCAGUGAGCGAGAAAAACUGAAGAAAAAGGAAGAGGAGCUGAGAGAACUUCGCUAUGCCUCUCGCAAGGACAGGAAGAUCACGUUGGACUUUGCUGGUAGACAAGUGCUCGAUGAGGGAAACAACCUCAACGAGUAUUACGACAAGUUGGAUGAGACCCUCAUGGCUAUGAACAGCGACUCUCCGUCAAAAUCAUCAAUGUAUUCUAAAAGAGAAGGUGGAAGGCAGACCCUCGGAGAGCUGGUCAACCCCAACAUAAUGCAGUCUACACCAGAGUGGGUGGAUGUUGGAGGCAGUGAAAGGCACAAGAGAAACAUGAAGCAGGGAAAGAGCUCAGCAGUGGACAAGGGAGGAGAAGAACGCCAAAAGUUGCGGCUCCAAGACAAAGACAUGCAGGAGAUGGCUGACGGGGGCUGGUGCCUCAGCAUGCACCAACCGUGGGCCACGCUGCUGGUCAAAGGCAUCAAGAGGGUAGAGGGGCGAACUUGGUACACAUCCCAUCGGGGUCGUCUUUGGAUUGCUGCUGCAGCCAAGAUACCCACUCCUCAGGAGAUUGCUGAGGUGGAAGCCAUGUACCGCCACGUCCACAAGAAAGGGCCCAGGUUUCCUAAAGAAUAUCCCACCGGCUGCCUGUUGGGCUGCGUCAACGUGAACGACUGCCUGUCUCAGGAGCAGUUCAGAGAACAGCUCCCUGAUACCUGUGAGGAGUCUGCUUCCCCAUUCGUCUUCAUCUGCACCAACCCCCACGAGCUGCUGGUGAAAUUCCCCAUGAAAGGGAAGCACAAGAUCUGGAAGCUGGAGAGUCAAUACCACCAGGGUGCCAAGAAGGGGCUGGUCCCGUCAGCUGCAGAGUGACGUCAGGAGGAAGAAGCUGAGGAGGAAAAACAGUCUGAUCUCACGGGAACAUGGUUUUCAAAAAAAUGGCUUCAUUCUCCACUGGGUUGUCCUGACAUUUUACCAGGAGUUAUCAACGCUGACAUAUUAUCAGUAUCAGCUCUAUCAGAUGGCAUUUGCAUUUUACAGGAUUAUUGCUUAAAAUUUUGCAGUAUAUAGACAUAUAAUCAUUUUGACAAAUUUCUAUAUUCUGCUUUGUCUCUAUUUGAUUGUUUGCAAAAAUAAAAAAAGAUCCUUAUGUUUAAUUUUA